AUGCCGUCGACUCGACCGCCGCCUGCGCCGGCGCGCGGCCGUGUCGCCUACCCUUCUGCCGAUGCCUACACGGCCGGUGACGCAGGGGCGCAGCCCACUUUGGGCGAGUCAUCGACCACUCAGGCGCAGGCUAUCCAGGCUGGGGGACAGUCCUACGAGAACGACAAGCCUAUAAGCAGCGGAGGCGCCGUUGGACUUCUUCGACGCAGAACCACCACCAAGCGCAAACCGCAACCUUCUGGCGACUCGCCUGAUGCUCGUGCUGAGAUGUCUGAGCGCGAGAAGAGCACUCAAGGCCUGAAGACAUGGUGGAAGGCGUUCAGCAGCAACCCCAAGUCGUCGGCGCCGACGCGGACGCCGGUCACGAUGAACACCCGCCUCCAGUUCGGUGUCCCGCUCCACGUCGUGCUCCAGUAUGCCGGCAUGUCCAUUUCGACGCAGGCACCCGACGGCUCGCUCAACAUGUGGGGCGAGGUUCCCAUCGCCGUCGCCCGUUGCGGCGCCUACCUGAAGGGCAAGACGGAUAUCGAGGGUGUCUUCCGCGUCUCCGGCUCGGCGAAGCGCAUGCGAGAUCUCCAAUUGACAUUCGACACUGGACCCGACUACGGCCUCCAUCUCGACUGGUCAGAAACGAUGUACACGCCGCACGACGUUGCGACGAUAUUCCGACGCUUCCUCACCCAGAUGCCGGAGCCAGUUAUCCCGUGCUCGUUCUACAACAGGAGGAUACGCGAGUACAAGCGGCUCAUCCGGCGAAUGCCGGCUGAGAACCAGUUCCUGCUGCUAUACGUGCUCGAUCUCCUGGGAAUAUUCGCAAAGGAAUCGGACAAGAAUCUCAUGACCGCGGCUACCGGGCAUCCUCCACCACCGCGGCCACGACAUGCGGCCAGCGGAGAGCGCCGUCUCGAAGGACGUCGUCAAGUUCCUGAUCGAUCACGAGGCGUCGUUCGUCUUUGGCAUGACUAUGGUGAGCUAUAUGAGCGCUUUGGAGCUGACAGACAGCGGAUUGCGUCGCGUCAAAACAGCGGGGUCAUUCCCACUGUGGGGUCCUCGAACGACCCUGGCGCUCGACCCCCGUCCAGGCAGGAGGCGUCUCGACAGGACAACCGAGAGGCGCCCGCAGCACCGCCAUCCCCUACACCGCUCGGACGGCGGGGAUCUGGCCAGGACAUGCGGACAGACUCGCCGACACGAGGCGCGAGCCGGCCGCCCGUCAUCCGGCGAGAGAGCGGAGACAGCUACAAGACGGCGCUCGAGUACCCGGCCGGCGGAGCUGGCGGCAUCUCGAUCCCGACUGCUGUUCCGGAACACGCUGUCGCGAGCAACCAUGCGGUCGCUCAGCCGCGCCCGAUUCCUAGCUCGUCGAAGCGCGAGAACGUGGGUGCGUCCUCAUCGUCGCUCGCGGUCAGCGGUCUGUCGCCGCGCACGAGUUCGCUCGCGGCAAGAGCGUCACUGAAGAGCCCGGCGUCGCCCCGCACACAAUCACCACACACCGCCCGCACCCCGACGAGCUCGCGCGUCCAGUCGCCGAGCUUUACGUCUCCGAGCCGGCCACAGCCGCGGCGCGCCGACACAGACUUCAUGCUUCCGUCCGAUUCGGACGAUGAGGCGCCCAAGGGCGGGUACUAUAUUGUCGAGAAGCCGCGGAGCCCGCAACCGCCGACUGCGCCGGCCAAGACCCUCCCAAAAGCGACCGUCACGGACCUGCUGCCGGAGCAGCCCAAGCCGCGGCGUCGUGGCACGUCGCGUCAGCAGACACGGAGCGCGGACCCAGUCAGUCCGUCGCCGUCCCGGCGUCGCGCCGGCGUCGCCGCGACGGGCAUGUAUCCCAGCGACUCGGACGACGACGCCCCCGCAGGCGGCUACAUCAUCUACGAGAACAAGAAGGUGAGCCCGUCAACGACGACGCUCCCGCGCCGCGGCGCGCUGUGGAACGGCGACGGGCGCACCAACUCGCCCAAACCGACGGCUGGCGGCGCCACAGGCCUCCUCAGGCGCAAGACACUGCCCACCAAGCGCGUGAGCGACUUUACGAACCGCAUGCGCCGCGUCGUGCGCGAGGCGUAG